GCCGCACAGAAUUUGACAUAUGUGGACUAGACUGCAUAAGCAUUUUCAAACCGCAUUCAUUCCAAACUUGACUUGUUACUAUUACUAUUAGAUCACAGAACGGAAACACCCUCCAUGGCCCUAAGAUUGACUACACUGCUGGUCCUCGCGACUCAAUCUCUAUCUCAAACUGUUAACAUCUUUCAUGAAAUUCCCAGCGACGUCCAUCAAUGCAUCCGGCCAUGCCUCUUCCGCCCCAACAACGCAAACGCUGAUCUCGGCAGCGCUCUAAACUGCGGCGCACCAUACCAAGAAAAAUGCUACUGCGUAACCGAUAACAAUAAAGCGAAAGCGGUUAGCAAACAUCUUGACAGCUGCGCACAAGCGAGUUGCUCAAAUGGACUAGAGUCGCAAGAUGCAGAGACGAUGAGACACUAUUACGCUUCUUACUGUAUGGAGAAUGGAUACUCGGCGGAUGCAAUGGAGGAAUGGUACACGGGUACCGAGGCUCAUGUUACGGGAACAAGUACUGUAAGAGAUAUGUGGGGAUGGGGUGCAGGGACAAAGACGAGAGCGCAGGUUUUCCCCGACGCGACACUUCCGUCGGGAGGCAACGGAAACGAUGACGAGGAUAAUGGCGGUGCAUGUUCAACGAGAUUCAAGUUGCUCUCCGUGGGGUUUCCACUACUUGUGGCUCUCUUUCAGUGGACUUGAGGUUUAGUAAUUUCCCCUUUUCUGGUGAAAGCACACUCCACAGCUGAGAUAUGUGCUCCGAGUAUUAGUCUAUAAGACUAAAUUUACUUCAUGCGUUCACUCUAUGCAGGCCAGGUACUAUUUAAAAAGUAGACGGGGCAACAAAAGCCGAGGUGGGGAAAGGCGGAUGGAUGCUUGGAACGAGAUAUAAACGAGGUGACAUAGCUAGUAAACGAGGCACUGGCCAAAAUCAAGAUUUAGCUUCACGACCAAAAUGCGGUUAGAGAGGACAGUAUACGAGAAAGACACCCAAUAGUAUGUGUAGUAGAACAAUUAUAAGAUUAAACAUAAAGGGAAUAAAUCACAA